GCGGAGGCUCCUGCAAAAUGGUCCCUCGCUGGGUGCUGCUCUGCCUCCUCCCCGUGGUGCGAGCCGCGGACGAGCAGAGCCCGGAGGCGGCCCUGGCCGGACCCAACGCCUCGCACUUCUUCUGGAACAACUACACCUUCUCCGACUGGCAGAACUUCGUGGGCCGGAGGCGCUACGGGGCCGAGUCCCAGAACCCCACGGUGAAGGCCCUGCUCAUCGUGGCUUACUCCUUCAUCAUCAUCUUCUCGCUCUUUGGCAACGUCCUGGUCUGUCAUGUCAUCUUCAAGAACCAGCGGAUGCACUCGGCCACCAGUCUCUUCAUCGUCAACCUGGCCGUCGCCGACAUCAUGAUUACGCUCCUCAACACCCCCUUCACUUUGGUCCGCUUCGUGAAUAGCACAUGGGUGUUCGGGAAAGGCAUGUGCCACAUCAGCCGCUUUGCCCAGUACUGCUCCCUGCACGUCUCAGCCCUGACGCUGACGGCCAUCGCCGUGGACCGCCACCAGGUCAUCAUGCAUCCAUUAAAGCCCCGGAUCUCGAUCACAAAAGGCGUCAUCUACAUCGCUGUCAUCUGGACCAUGGCUACGAUCUUUUCGCUCCCACACGCUAUCUACCAGAAAUUAUUUACCUUCAAGUACAGUGAGGACGUUGUCCGCUCCCUGUGCCUGCCAGACUUCCCCGAGCCGGCCGACCUCUUCUGGAAGUACCUGGACUUGGCCACCUUCAUCCUGCUGUACAUCCUACCCCUCCUCGUCAUCUCCGUGGCCUACGCCCGUGUGGCCAAGAAGCUGUGGCUGUGCAACACCAUCGGCGACGUGACCACGGAGCAGUACCUGGCCCUGCGGCGCAAGAAGAAGAAGACCAUCAAGAUGCUGAUGCUGGUGGUGGUCCUCUUCGCCCUCUGCUGGUUCCCCCUCAACUGCUACGUCCUCCUCCUGUCCAGCAAGGUCAUCCGCACCAGCAACGCCCUCUACUUCGCCUUCCACUGGUUCGCCAUGAGUAGCACGUGCUACAACCCGUUCAUCUACUGCUGGCUGAACGAGAGCUUCAGGGUCGAGCUGAAGGCGUUACUGAGCAUGUGCCGAAGGCCGCCCAAGCCCCAGGAGGCGCAGCCGCCCUCCCCCGCCCCUUCCUUCAGGGUGGCCUUCAGGGUGGCUUGGACGGAGAAGGGCAGUGGCCGCAGGGCUCCACUAGCCAACGCCCUGCCCUCCUCCCAACUCCAGUCUGGGAAGACAGACCUGUCGUCUGUGGAGCCCAUUGUGGCAGUGAGUUAGAGGAGGAGGUGACGGCUGGGGGCUCUGUCUCCAGCCUGAGGACAGAGCCUGGAAAAGAGCCUGCCUCACACAGGAGCUUCACAGUGCCGACAGCAAAUUCCUGCAGAAGCCGGAGGACUCUUGAGUUCCUGGCGACUCUGCCCAGCCUCCUAACCCCAUUUGAUGUGAAGAGUUCAAGGCAGCCACCAGCUAGACACGCGUUUAUCAAAUGCUGGUUCCCUGAGCUGGGGACCCAGGACAGCUUCCGCCCAGGUCAGGGCUAAGUCAGUCAACUGCCUCCCACUGUCAGGCAGCUGCCUUCCAGCCGUCCCUGCCGCUGAGCUCCCGUGUAGGACCCCUGAGUCAGACUUGGGUGUGUCUGACCCAGAUGCACAGCUCUGCUCGAGAAAGGGUCACCAGCCAGUGAAAGGCUAGCAAGCCAGAGCCGGCGUGGAGGUCUGUAUGCCUCGCCUCCUGAUGUCGUUAGAGCAGGACGCAUCCAGGUCUGUGGCGCCUGCCUGGGAAAUGACAAGAAAGGACCGAUUGGGUUCCUUAAAACAAAGAGGAAUGACUGAGUUUCCUUAAAGCAAAGAAAAACGAUGAUUGAAACUUGGAAACAGCGAGAAAAGCACAAAGGAGGAAAUAACAAUCACCUCCUUCUCCCCCAGCUUGUGAUAAGUUCUGUCAAAAUGCUGAUAGAUUUGCAGCAUUUCCUUGUGUGUGUGUGUGCGUGCACGUGUGUGUGUGUGCGUGCACGCGUGUGUGUGUCUGAUUCUCUGAAUUACGCUUUUCCAUUUAGAGAUUAGCAGGAAACAGGCAUAGCCAAGAACUCCUGACUCCCUUCCCAGGAAUAGUGCCCAUAGGAAGGGUUGGAAGAUGAGGUGGGGGAGGAGCCCAAGGAGAAGUCUGUCCCAGAGCAGACAGACCGCCCUCGUCCUCAGCCGGUCAUGGGAAGGGCCUGGCUGAAGGGCCUCUCCUUGGAUGGUGGUGAUUUUGAGGAACCAGGGAACGAAACUCACCCAGGAUGCGUAAUUCCUUCUCUUCUGCGAUCACCCCAAACAAGAAUUGGUAAAAUGCCGCCCUGCUUUUGCAGGAGAUGAGGGCGCUGGCUUUCCAACAUGCUGGAAAUAAUUGUUAUUAGACACCUCAUCCUCCCAAGCUGUCUAGACAAGCCAUGUCUCCUCCGUGUUGUCUGAAUGAUCAGACUUCUUCAUGCCACUUCCCACAAGAUGUCUUGCUGUCAACAUCGCCCUGGCAGCUCACGUGUCACUUACAAAGACGGGCAUUGUGAUGGUCCUUAAUGACUCAACUUGCCAGAGGGAUCUCAUUCCAAAGACUAUGAAUGUUUUCAUCACCUUCCAUCUGGUCCUGAGUGACUCAGCGUGUCACCCAGGAGAGACACAGCCGGCCCAAGAGCGCAUCAUUCACCAGCCCUGAACAACUGCCGCGCUCAUGCUGGUUUGGGCUUUCUUUCCAGCACCAGCUACAUCCUGAAAGCAAAGCAUGGCUCUGGGUCUGAGUGGAAGACUGAGGCCCCACAAGGGGCUUGCCCAAGGUUCACUUAGAUCUCUUGAAUUUUCAUUGAACCUGAACUUGGGUCAUAUCACCUGCUUCCCUGUAACCAACCAUGGGGGGUUCAUUGUACUCUUCUCUCUCUGUACAAGGAUGUUGGAACAUUUUCAAAAUAGAAAGUUUGAAAGAUCAUCUUCUGAACAGUGGGUAAAAAAAGUGACUUUCAAGGGGGGCAGAGGGAGACUUUUAAGCCCAGAGGGAUCCCCACCUGGGUUUUUCAGGUUAAAUAGCUCCCAGGCCUGUGCCUUGUCUCUUAAAUGCUGCCGUGGAAAUUCUUUGAAGCAGAAAGAGAACAGGUGGCCAGGCUACAGAAAGUUUGUCUGGCUCGAAAAGCACUUUGCUUUGCUUUGUUUUCCACUGGGGGCAUCUGGAAAUUCUGCCAAAUCACGGAGAAGGCCGUCCUCUGGCAGAAGCCCCCUGCUGGCCCUCUGGUCCGGGUCUCCCAUCAGUUUCCUGUCUGCCCCCUCCCCCUGCCCCCUGUGUGCCCCAGAGCAAAACGUGAUUUGUGUUUGUGGGUGUGAAAUGUGUACAACUUGAGUCUUUCCCCUGUGCUGUCACGGGGACUUUAUUGUAAAUUGCUCCAGUCUCAAUAAACUACAUUUUGGG